AUCUGUCUGCGUCCAGCAGGGAAACGUGGGAAGAGGAGACAGUUAGGGAAGAGAGAAAAGGCUCCACGUGAACCAAUGUGAGCAUGGCGUCGAUACGAGAACCAGAGGUCCAGUUCGCACAGAGAUUAGCCUCCAACGAGAGGCCCAUUCGGAGCAAGGCUCUAAAAAAACUGAGGAAAUACAUAAAUGCCCGCUCACAGAGAGCGUCAGAUGGUUUCACAGGUGAUGAGCUGCUGAAGCUGUGGAAAGGCCUUUUUUACUGUUUGUGGAUGCAGGACAAACCUCUGCUCCAGGAAGAGCUGUCAAAACAGAUCUCCACUCUGAUCCACAGCUUCAAUGAUACUGACAAACAGUUGUUGUACCUGGAGAGCUUCCUGCUGACCUUCAAAAGAGAGUGGACUGGUAUUGACAGGCUACGGAUGGACAAGUUCUUCCAGUUGGUUCGCUUUGUCUUCAGACAAACCUUUGAAGCAUUGAAGAGGAAAAACUGGGAGAGCAGUGCGGUUUCCAAGUUUCUGGAGAUGCUGACAGCUCAGCUCCUGCAAAGCAGCAGUGAAGCACCAUGUGGGCUACAGCUGCACAUCCUGGACCUGUACCUGACUGAACUGGCAACUGUGGGCUCAGCAGAGCUCACCGCUGAUCAGAACUUAACAUUCAUCGAUCCGUUCUGCAAAACAGCAGCCAAAACCAAGAAUCAGACACUUUUCAGUGCCAUCUGCAGGAGCAUCUUCAGCACUAUUAUUGACCAGGCUCCCUUUGCCAUAGAAGAUUUGAUGAAGGAGGUGAAAGCAGCUGAAGCUUCUGAAGAGGAUGAAACCCAAAUAAAAGCCGGUAAAUCAAGUGAGGAAGAGGAGGAGGAGGACGACGACGACGAUGAUGAUCAUUUGGAAGAGGACACAGAGCUACUAAGUGAUGACAUUGGACCAGUACUGCAGUUUGACUAUGCAGCCUUGGCAGAUAAGCUGUUUGAAUUAGCCAGACGGAACAGCACACCAGGCCAGAACAGACAGAGACUCUACAAAGUCAUUAAAGUACUGCGUGACCUCAGUGAAGGCGUCUUUCCCGAGAGCGAGUAUCCAGAGGAGGUCUCCACAGAUGAGGACGAUGAAAUGUUUGGCAGCAGGAGGAGGAUGAAGAGAGGAAGAGGUCAUGUAGAAGGUCCUGAGGCACCAGCAGCAAAGAAAAGUAAAGGAAAGAAAAAGGAGGCAUUCAACAACCAACACAAGGACAGUGAACACAUAGAUGUAACGGUUAAAGAUGAAAAGAAAAAGAAUACAAAAGAAAAUGCACAGACACCAGAACAGGGAGAGAUUGUGGCUCAAGCUCAUUGUAAGAUUAAAGCGACUGAAGGAGGUCUGGACUGUUCACAAGUAGCACAUAUACACAUGUCAUCCGUAAAAGUUACAGAGCCCAGCACUCCAGAUGUCUCACAAGAAACUUGCCCCGCUGCCUGCAAUGGUCAGUCAAAAAAUCAGAAGAAGAGGGACACUUCUGAGGACAAACUUGAAGUCACAGAAACAUUAGAGGUGCAAGAAAUUUGUGCUACUGCAAAGUCAGAGAUAUCCUGUGAAGUGCCAGUCUCCGGGAAGAAGACUAAGAAGAAAAUGAAGGGUAUGAAAGCUACAGUAGAAAUGGACAGGACUGAGGAUGACAGAGAGAUCUCACCGGUAAGCUGUGAGGCGUCGGCAGAAGAAACCACAACACUGCCCAAUAAUGACGCUACAACGCCUGCCAAGAAGAAAAACAAGGAUCUGAAGGCGAAGAGGAAGCCUGAGGGGGCAUCACAGAUUAUCAGUCUGAGCUCAGAAACAGAUGUUACAUCCGUACGCUGUGAGGAUUCAGCAGAAGAUGGCACUACCACUGGACUCGAGAAGCUGACUGCAGCCAAGAAGAGGCAUAAGAAGAGGAGCCCGAAGGCAGAUGAAGCACAGAAGCUUGAGGCUAGCAUACAUGAGGUAGAGGCAGGGUCUGAAGCAACACAACACACCACUACUGUGUCACUUAAAAACAUGACAAAGAAAAAGAGCAAGCAGGAGAUAAAAAUGGAUCAGGCCAAGGAGCAAAUGGAUCAGACACUUGAAGAGCCGUCUGAUGCAAAUGAAAGCACUGUAACACCACUUGAGAAGAUAAAGAAACAGAAUAAAAAAAAACUUAAGACUGCUUUGGAAGAGGAAGGAACAGCAUCAAAAUGCUCUCAGAUGGUAGAUGCUGAGAAACUGCUGUUUGAAAUCACCAUGACAACACCAACAAAAAAGAAAAAGAUUCAUAAUGUGGCAGCAACCCACAUGAACAAGAUCAAAAGGAGCAUAGAUGCAGAGCUCCCAACAGAUGAAACUCAGCUUGUCUCAUCCUCUCGGAAAUCACCUAAGAAAAAGAGGAAGAUCCCUGUAACGUUUGAGUUUGAGGCUGAUGAGCUGGAGGCAGCUGCAUUCAGCAAAGGUGUUGCAGGAGAAGAGACUGUUGCCAAGAAGACAACACUGGGCAGUUAUGUUGGUGAGGCGUCCACACCUUUGAGCAGCAAAAAGUCUAAAAAGAAGGCAAGGACAGCCCAAGGAUCAGCAUUUGACUUCAUCACCUUUCAGAGCAAAGCUGUGGUCCCGACGCCACUCUUCUGCAAGACUAAGGGAAACCCCAGCACCCUGCUGUCCAGCAAGAAGAAGAUUCAAACUCCCAGUUCAGAAUCCAAGAAGGUGACCUUCGGUCUCAAGAAUAAUAAAACAGCUGAGUUUAGGAAGACUGAUCGCAGCCUACUGGUGAGUCCAGACGGUUCAUCACGAGUGCCAUUUGACCCACAGCAGAAACCCAAGUUUGGGGUCUUAAAGUCUUCGCCCAUUCCACUCUCCUCCAGCAUCAAAAAGACCCCAAAGAGCAACAAAACCAGCUCCAAUACUCCAAAGAGCACACCCAAACCACGACCCUUGGCGGCUGACUUUUUUUAACUUCCUGUGGCAGACAAUGGACAGAAAUGUUUUCUGUGAGCUCUUUAAUAACAGACCCAUUUGGAAAAAUAUGUCUACAUGUGUAUGUGAUAUCAGUGUUGGAUCUCAUUUCUUUAAGUGACUGUUUUAAUAAAGCUUCUCGUGCUUUCGGUUACAUAAUUUUUUUUUAUCAAAUGUUCCAUGUGUAUGUGAUAAAAGUAUUCUGCAGCAAACUAACUAUAGACCACUGUUAACCUUUGAAAGUGAGUUGAUUAUAUUUGCAGCAAUAAGUGUUAUUUUUUUAAGGAGAGUGGCACUCAAGAAAACAAUGUAGAGAGAUGCAAAUUAAUUACAUUCCAUUGUCUUUACAGAUUUGAGCAAGCAAAAAAUUGCCUCUCUUUAAAACCAUGCCUACAGGUCAAGGUGGUACAUUCAAAUAAAUGAUGCAUAAAAUGGA